AUGAAGAUCAGGGGGUUGAGGGAGUGCUUGCAUUGGAGUUUAGACCGCCCAUCGGGGAUGCAAUUACGAUUCGGACUGGGCAGGAUCCUGGGGAGAGCUGAACUCAAUGCAACUGGACAGCUGGAUGUAUCAUGCAUCUCAUGCACAGAGGUUGUUGACAGAGUGUCAGGGUCCAUCAAAUGGCUCGGUCAAUCCAAGAUGAGGGGGCGCGGCGACACGAUUGCUGAUGGAUGUCUGCGAUUGGGUCGGAUGAUGUCGCAAACAUUUUACUUUCCUACGCCCACUUGCAGUUUGACUGGGAUUUACCCCUCCACGGGUACGCAGCUUGAACAAUCCAUCAAUAACAAGCUGCCGAGUGACGAGGGGAGAAAGUAUCAGAACCACUUUCAACCAGAGGAACCACCAGGUACAGGCCGAGAGUUCUGGAGGCAAUCUGCCCAGCCCAUGUCCACUCAUGAGGCUCAACCACACGGCCACACUUUGCCACUCUCCAUAACUCGUGGAGCAGUUAUUCAGUUGGUGUACGUGGCAAUGGAAAGGCAGCUGAAAAACAAGACCAACAGGAUCACGGAAGACUCCGCUUUUCACAUCCGAGGACACCACUGGACUGAAUCAGGGUAUGAGCUGAUACUAUACCCGAUACACAGUGACUACGGGGGAGGAGAAGGAGGGAGAGCGAGAGUCAAGAAUAGGAGAACGGAUGGUUGGAUGGAGAAGGGGGAGGGAAGGACACGCGGCCCGUGGGGCCACCGGCCCAGCGAGCCCCUAAAGGGGUAUUACACCCUGUUUGUGAAGUCUGAAUUAAUGAAUGGAUGGAUUAAUGUCUCAGGCGCCGGACAUGGAUAUGAAUGCGCAAGCGGAUCUGGAAGUGUGAAGUCCGCCCGAGGUGGACGGUCCACCCGCUGGAACAUUCCGAGAAUGUAUGGAGGAUUGAUGCUGGAGUCCAGAAGCAGCCAGAGACCAGCUACGAGCAACGGUGAUCAGCUCUUGAACAUUCCAUCACGAAGGCUACCAGGCCAUGCUGAUUUCUCCGGGAGGCGCUUGAUUGAUCAGUUGACUCUGCUGCAUCAUGCUAUGCCAUUGACGAUGGAUUGUUUCGUGGAGGUCAAGACGGAGACGACGACGACGACUGUCAACGCGUCGAGGAAUGAACGGCCGCCGUUUCCGUAUCACAAGGAUCGGCAUCAAAAAAUAGGUGGGUGGAGGGCAGUGCCGUAUUCAGGAAAUUCACACAAAUCUCGUCAAGAGGCAGGAACAAAGUCUGAUUCUCGAAAAGCGAAGAAAGAGACCGUAAGAGAUGGCAAGAAAGGUGUGGGUAAACAAAGCAGGAUACUGUAUAGCAAAGAAAGAACAGAAAAGAGGGAAUACAAAAGACUGAAAUGGAAAGGGACAGUAAGUAACUUGGCAUACAGCGGGAGGCGUCAACAGGCCGAGCAUAAAAACACUAAGCAUCAUCGUGGUGUAAAUUCUGUAAAUUCCUCGUUGGGAAGUUGA